CGUCCAGGCUGGCGACUACCUCGUCUACAAGUUCCCCACAUGGCAAUGGGCAUCCUGUCCCAAGGCGCUCCAGAAGUCGUUCUUGCCUCCAGACAAGCAGUUUUUGAUCACCAAGCACGUGCCAAGCUACCAGCGUGCUUCCAACUAUCUUACAGGUGAAGGAGGCAUUGAUUUUGAUGAAGACGAAGAGGAUGAGGACGGAUGGGUGACUUCCCAGGGCCCCAAGGGGGGCCUGGGGGCACCAGAAAGGGUCCAGGCCGAAGUCAUCAAUGAUAUCGACGACUUUGUCGACGACAAUGCGCAGGAGGAGGAGGAUGACGACAUUGACGACCUCCAGAUGAUCAAUAACUCCAGCUCCACCCUCCGCAAGUACGACCUCUACAUCACGUACUCGACGUCGUACCGCGUUCCCAAGUUGUACUUGGUGGGAUUUGGCUCUGGGGGCAUUCCACUCUUGCCUGACCAGAUGUUCGAGGAUAUUAAUGCUGACUACAAGGACAAAACCGCCACCAUAGAGACGUUGCCUGUUUCGUACAACACCACCCUGGUGUCGAUCCACCCGUGCAAGCACUCCAGCGUGAUGCGGGUAUUGAUGAAGCACGCGCAGGGCCGCGAGACCACCGAGAGUGAGGCUCUGGGUGUACGGGUGGACCAUUAUCUUGUGAUUUUCCUCAAGUUCAUAGCCAGUGUGACUCCGGGAAUCGAGUACGACUACACCAUGGAUGCUUUGUAGCGGCUGGGCCACGCUGGUUGUGGCUG